AUGGUUUAUCUCGCGCCCUCCCCCCACCUGCAUAAUCCGCCCGACGCCCCUGUAGGUCGCUCGGCUCCUGCGCUGGCCCUGCCCCCGCCCCCCCGCCAGAGGCUCCCCGCCCCCGGUUUCUGGCUCUUUAUGACUGUACAGGGCGGCGGAGCCCCGGGAGGCCCGACCCUCCCUCCCCCGUCCCUUCCUCGAGGCCAGGAGGUAGCCUCGUGGGGUCUGUGGGGUGUGCGUGGUGUACAAAAAUUUGUCCCCUGCCCGGCUCUCCGGGCCGGGGUCCCCGGCGCUGGCGGCCCUUUUCUCGCACGCCUGGCCGGCUGGCUGGCAGCCCACGUGGGCAGCGAGAUCAGCAAGUUUUCAGCUCGAGACAAGUUCGGUCUUAUUGAUUUUUUUUUUUUUAAUUUCCUUUUUUUGGACACGCCGCUCUUUGGCCAGAGGACAGGGGACAAAGCGGAGACAGGCCUCCGAGCGCUGCCUUUCGCAGCUGCCCGGGGUGGGGGUCCUUUGCUGGCGGGAUGGCCACGACCCCAGAGGCACGCUCGGACACCCGGCGUGUCUCCCGGCCCACCUAAAAUGCUGCUAGCGCUACGGAGGGGGAGUCUUGAGGAGCUGACUGCGAGACCACCUUCCUCCCUCUGCUGCUGCUGCUGCUGGAGUUCCCCGGGCAACUCCCCAGACUGGACUAACGUGACAUUAGCCAGCCUUGCAGAACCUGUCCAUCGGGGCAGAGAUGGCACUGCAGAAAGGGGACCGCCCCCCAGCUUCUCUCAUGUCGGAGAGGCCUAGCCGAGGGCCCAUUUCUAGUUGUUCCCUCUAGUACUGUCCCUUUGCUCUGCCACAUCUCUGGGCACGGGGAUGGGGGUGGAGUUGGAGAGGCAGAGGUAGGCAUUGGCAAAUCUGGUGAUCCUUGGGUCCUUUUCCCCCUUUCCACGGGGACGAGGGUGGUGAGGGUGUCUUCUCCAGCCGGGGCAGCAGCAUGGGGGUGGAGCAAGGAGAGUCAAGCCAAUCACCUCUUCUUAAAGCCGUAUUUCU